AUGGCGGACGUCAAGAAGCCCGUCCGGUUACAAACACAAACGAUAUCUGGCGUAAAGUUGAACAUGAUGCAAAUGUUCAAGCAUGUUAUAAAGACUGAUGGCGCAUUGGGACUGUACAAGGGCAUUUCCGCAGCCCAGCUCCGCCAAGGGACAUACAGCAUGACACGCUUCGGUGUCUACGAAGCCCUCAAAGACCGCAUGACGACCGCCGACACGAAACCCUCGUUCCUCACGCUCGUAGGCAUGGCUUCCAUAUCAGGAUUCCUCGGAGGAUUCGCCGGUAACCCAGGAGACAUCUUGAACGUACGGAUGCAGCACGAUGCCGCACUACCGAAAGAAAAGCGGAGAGGAUACAAGAACGCGAUUGAUGGAAUAAUACGAAUGUCGCGGGAAGAAGGAGUAGCAAGUCUAUGGAAAGGCGUUUGGCCCAACUCGUCAAGAGCUGUGCUCAUGACAGUUGGACAGUUGGCAACAUACGACGGAUUCAAGCGCGUGUUGCUGAACUACACGCCGCUGCAAGACAACCUCGCAACACAUUUCUCAGCAUCAUUUUUGGCUGGAUUUGUAGCUACAACGAUAUGCUCGCCGGUAGAUGUCAUCAAAACCAAAGUCAUGAGCUCCAGUGAGAGUGUAGGACUAGUGAAGACUGUCACGGAUACUAUGAGAGCAGAAGGAUUCCGCUGGAUGUUCAAGGGCUGGGUACCGAGCUUCAUUCGCGUCGGCCCGCACACUGUGCUCACGUUCUUGUUUUUGGAGCAACAUAAGAAGGUCUACAGGCAAUUGAAGAAGCUGGAAUAG